AUGGGGAAAGAGAAUGUUGUUUCUGGAAACACCAUACCGAUCCAUGGUCGACCUGUAACUCGUGCUCUUGCCUCUGCUUUGCGUGCUUCUUCUAAACUGAUUACAUCGUCAGAAGUGGCUGCUGCUACAACACAGAACCAAGGACGGGUUUUGAGAGCAAACAGUAAAAGAGCAGCCUUGGAUGAGAAGAAAGCCAAUGCGUCUAAGAAACGAGCUAUUCUUAAAGAUAUCACAAAUGUUAUCUGUGAGAAUCCUUAUAGAAGUUGCUUCAAUGCAGUUAAAAUUGAGGUGGAGAAUAUCAAGCAGGUAAAGAAGGGAAGGGCAAAUUCUUCCAAAGUUGCAUCAUCUUCUGUUACUUCAGAAGUUAAAGAAGUAAAGGUAGAAGUUGUGUCAAAUUCAGCUGGAAAAGGAAGUUUGUCUGGUUGUACAGGCACGAGCUUAGGCACGAUCGAACCAUCUUAUAGCUUUAUCGAAAACCAGUGUUCCAGGUUGCCUCCAAGACCCCUUGAGAGAUCAACCUCUACAGCUGAGAGAAGCUGUGUUGGAGGAAGUUCCACUGUGGCAAGUAGCCCGAAAUUCAUUGACAUUGAUUCAGAUGAAAAGGAUCCUUUACUCUGUAGCCUUUAUGCACCUGAAAUCUACUACAACCUGCGUGUUGCUGAGCUUAAGAACAGACCAUUUCCUGAUUUUAUGGAGAGAACACAAAAAGAUAUUACUCAAACAAUGCGGGGAAUUCUGGUUGAUUGGCUUGUGGAGGUGUCAGAGGAAUACACACUUGUACCUGAUACUCUCUACCUCACAGUUUAUCUCAUAGACUGGUUUCUCCAUGGAAACUACAUGGAAAGACAAAAACUUCAAUUGCUCGGCAUCACUUGUAUGCUCAUUGCCUCAAAAUACGAGGAAAUCAAUGCGCCGCGCAUUGAGGAGUUCUGCUUCAUCACGGAUAACACUUACACAAGAGAUCAGGUCCUGGAAAUGGAAAGCCAAGUACUCAAGCAUUUCAGCUUUCAAAUUUACACUCCCACUUCGAAAACAUUCCUCAGGAGAUUUCUCCGAGCAGCUCACGCUUCUCACCUGAAUCCAAGUCUGGAAAUGGAGUUUUUGGCGAAUUAUCUCACAGAAUUGACGUUAACAGACUACCAAUGCUUGAAGUUUCUUCCUUCGGUGAUCGCUGCUUCGGCUGUUUUUCUUGCCAAGUGGACAUUGAACCAAUCAAGCCACCCUUGGAAUCCAACACUUGAGCAUUACACAACGUACAAAGCCUCUGAUCUCAAAGCAUCUGUUCAAGCCUUGCAAGAUUUACAGCUUAACACCAAAGGAUGUCCUUUAAACUCCAUACGCAUGAAGUAUAGGCAAGAGAAGUUCAAAUCCGUGGCGGUUUUCACUUCACCAGAGCUACCUGACAAGCUAUUCUGA